UUUUGUUCUCACAUUUCUGUCCCGUUAAUGAUGUCAGACACAAGCUGAUGAUGUCAUGAUGAUGUCAUGAGUCAUAUAGAUAUUUGAUGAAUUGUGCAGUCCUAGAAUGUAUUUGUCAUCAUUGUCACUUUUAAUUUAUGCAUUUGAUUUGAUUUUAUGCUUUUUCAUUAGACACAUUUGAGUUUUAAGUUUUGGACAAAUGCACCCCUGGAUCCUGCGGGACAAGGCUGUGAAGAAUGAAGAAGCCGACCAGGAGAUCAAACAGGAUGGAAUUAAACCGGAGGAGAAAGCCCACAAGGCCGCCACCAAGAUCCAGGCCAGCUUCCGUGGGCACAUCACCCGGAGAAAAAUGAAAGAUGGCGAGGCAAACGGCGCCGUUCCAGAAGAAUCCGCCGAGACCACGGAAGGAGAGGAGGAGAAGGAGCGAAUCUCUCCAUCUGAGGAGAAGCCGGCGGAGGUUUCCACGGAAAUGGCGGAAGAGAACAAACAUGUCAAGAGUCCCAACUCACCUGCUGCCGAAGCCCCUCCCACUGCUGACCACGGCCCCUCAGGCACGCCCCCUAAAGAGGAAGUGCAGGUGCAGCCGCAGGAAGUGGAAAAGCCUAAAGAAGCCGAGAAACCCGCAGAAGAACCCGCCGUAAACGCGCAGAAUGAGGAAGAGGAGGAAGCCAAUCGAGCUGACGUGCCUGACGACGCUGAGAGCCACGAAACAGACAAAAGAGAGGAUGUCGACGACUCCAAACCAGCAGAUGAGGCCGUUUCAGACGCGGGCAAAGAAGAGAACAUUUAAACGAGCGGUCCAGUAUGAGAACGUCCUUCACAGGCUGCUCUUCGGUGCUGAAGACGGUCUGUUUUAUGUUUGUCUAGUUUUGAGUGGCAGUGAUUGACAUUUGGAGGGAGUUUUCUGAGACUGUGUGUUUCAUCGCAGACAUCAUCUUCACGAUCCGCUUCUCUAUAGUUCCACACACGCUCUUUUCCCAGCGCGGCUCUUCCGAGGGAACGCUGCAGUCCGUUCUGUUGCUCACUGCAUGAGAACUCUUCCUCCCGCUGACACAUACAUGUGGCUUGUUUGUUGUGGACAUGUAAUUGGAGAUAUCGCUGCACUGAUGCUCAGAUCAUUGAGAAUAUUUACUGGUGCAAUGUCCGGUUUCAAUUUAAGGAGUAAAACUGAUUCAUGUAUGUGUUCGAAAUAAAGAAAUGUGCCAAUUA